UUUGGAUUGGAGGCGAAUUCCUCUUCCAUCGUCACAGGCAGCUCAUUGCUACCACCAUUUGAAAACUGUAACAACAUCUCUCUAGUACCCAUAAUGGGUGCACUUCUAUCUAUUCCUCUUCUUGCAGUCCCGAGCCUUAGCACGCUCGGGACGUUUGCCGCAUCUUGUUGUGGAGCUGCAACAUGUUCCGCCGUCUGUAGCGCAUGUGGGAAAUGCCAGGGAAGUAUGGCCACUCGCAUUGCCUACGCGCUCAUUCUGCUCGUCAACUCCAUAGUCUCAUGGAUCAUGCUCACCGAUUGGGCCAUAAAGAAGCUGGAGCAUCUUACUCUCGACUACAUGAGACUGACAUGUGUCGGCCAUGAUUGCUAUGGUUUUGUCGCCGUGCAUCGGAUCAAUUUUGGUUUGGGUGCUUUCCACGCUCUUCUUGCCCUCAUGUUGCUUGGCGUGAAGUCUUCCAAGGACGGCCGCGCCGCUAUCCAGAAUGGCUUUUGGGGGCCGAAAAUCAUCGCGUGGAUUGGAAUAAUUGUACUCACCUUUUUGAUCCCGGACGCCUUUUUCAUAACUUGGGGAAAUUAUGUCGCGUACAUCGGAGCAAUCGUCUUCCUUCUGAUCGGGCUGAUUCUCCUCGUCGACCUUGCGCAUUCGUGGGCGGAAUAUUGCCUUGAAAAGAUCGAGUUUCAUGAUUCUCGCGUCUGGAGGUUUUUCCUCAUCGGAUCGACGCUGAGCAUGUACAUCUGCUCCAUUGCCAUGACUAUUGUCAUGUAUAUCUUCUUUGCGCGUGGAGGCUGUUCAAUGAACCAAGCCGCCAUUACGGUCAACUUGCUUCUACUUCUCAUCAUCUCUUCCAUUUCUGUUCAUCCGGCAGUACAAGAUUCCAACCCCAGAGCUGGCCUUGCCCAGUCAGCCAUGGUCGCAAUUUACUGCACCUACCUGACCAUGUCUGCCGUCUCAAUGGAACCGGAUGAUAAACACUGCAAUCCUCUAGUCCGUGCUCGCGGUACCCGAACCGCGUCGAUCGUAAUCGGUGCCAUUGUUACAAUGCUUACCGUCGCUUACAGUACAACGAGAGCUGCUACUCAGGGCCUCGUCCUGGGCAGCAAAGGCAAUGGCAAUUAUUCUCAGCUCCAUAAUGAAGUUGAACAUGGCCUCACGGACCAGCCGAACAAUCGUCGGGAAAUGCGUGCCGAAGCUCUUCGUGCUGCUGUUGCACAGGGCAGUCUACCCGCAAGCGCUCUUGACGAGAGUGACGAUGAAUCUGAUGAUGAGCGCCCGGCAAAGGAUGACGAGAGAGGAGGCACUCAGUACAAUUAUUCUCUUUUCCAUCUCAUCUUUAUGCUGGCAACAGCCUGGGUUGCAACUCUUUUGACCAUGAAUCUCAAAGAGGAUAGCACAACUUCUGGUGAUUUCCAGCCAGUCGGCAGAACGUACUGGGCCAGCUGGACAAAGAUUGUCAGCGCAUGGGUAUGCUAUGCUAUCUACGCGUGGUCUUUGCUUGCACCUGUUAUUCUGCCCAAUCGGUUUGACUAUUAAAAGUCUGCAGAGAAGCCCAUAAUGCCUUUCUUCAUCUUUGUUUUUUAAAUGAUUGUCUUCUACUGACAUGAAGUUCAUUUACUGAUGGGAAUUUUUUAUGUUAAUGGCCUAGGAGUGGACAAAUAUGUUUUUUGUACUUAUAAAUACUAAUUUAUCUUCUCACUUAAUACGAUUUGGUGAUUGCUGGC